AGGAAUGCGCCACGAUCGUUCAUUACUUGAGUAAUGCUGACAGGUUGUUCGUGGGGAAUUCCAACUGAAUAUAUGAGUUAACAUCAACAGUGUCGUCAACGGCAAUUCCCGGCAACACGACCUGAUUUGAUGACGACACAGCAUUGUGUGAAUGGGUUAAGUCGACCGUGGAACAUGUUAUAAUAAUUCACGAUACAGUCACUGGUGUCAAGAAGGGUUGACACAAGGAUUACAUGCUACAGAUUCACUGCACUUAAGCCUGAAGGGUUUUGACACCCGAUUGAUCCUGCUACCCGACAACGUAACACAGGGCGGCUCAAGUCUACCAUCUGACAACACUGGCGUUAAGGGUACAGAGACAUCGUCUACUGACGUUUUUGUAAAGGGUGAACUGGCUUGUAUACAGACCAUUCUAUACCACUGAAGCUUGUUUGAGAAGGGUCGAGAGCUGGUGAUGUAUCUAUAUAUCAUUGUGGUCACACAUUGUAGGUAUUCCACGACUGAUUGUUGCUGAACGCUAUGUACAUAGGAACCCACAUGGUGUAACACAAGUUCAAGGAUUGUAUGUUUGAAUAAGUGUUUGUGUUGAUUGUAAACCACUGUACCAGAUAUCUGUACUCUGGUUGUUCUGAAACAUCGUCAACAUGUUGAUCCUACCCGAUUCCAAGGACUCAUCUGUCACAUAUAUGAGGACUUACAUGUAAAGACCUGUGAACAUUUGUGCAGACUCCGCCAUCUCAUUUAUUAUAUUUUUGAAGCAUAUGCAGCGGCCUUUACCGACCACUUACCGAAAGAAGUUGACAUUACAGGUUAACCUUCAUCAGAUGAAAUCUAAAUAUUUAUAUCAAAAGGCGUCAGAACUGUUUGUCUUGACCCACGUCCACGGGGUGCCCGGAUGUUGUGUCCAUAACGUCAGUAGAAAACAUUAUGGUGGCCAAUGUUGGGUAUCUUGUAGAUUGCGUUUUGUGACGCUCUGCUUCUGGUGCCGACUUUAAUAUCAUCAUAAAUCAACAGCAACGACUGGCCUGUUAACAUCUCCUGGUGUGAUGGAUACGCCACCUCAGUGGCGAACGUGAUUGCAGUGGUGAGCUUGGGACAGCAGUCACAAGCGGAACUACCUCAGUGAGGGCGGUUGUCAAGUCGCUUCUCCUCCGUUGACGUCUCAGUGAGAGUAGGCUGGUGGAGUUAGCAGCGUUACAGACAUGUGAGUCGACAGCCAAGAGGAUAACGCUGCAGUUUGCACAACGACAGCACGACGGCAACUAGAGGUGUAUAACGGAGGUGUUUAAUUAUUCGAGGCAGAGCGAGGCAGGGAACAGGUGUCCAUGCUCCAGGUGUUGCAGAACUGCCACAACGUAUCUAUCACUUGUGUCUGCUCUAACACACGGAUAUACAUACUCCUGCAACAAAUAUGGUUAAAUAACCGCCGUUCCCCGGAACCCGGAAUUACAGGCAACUUUAAGACUUCUGGCAACAUCUGAUUAAUGUGUCCAGAUUUGCUUUUAACCUAUAUUAAGGUUAUGUGCAACACGGUGGAUGUACCAUACACGAAUUCAGGUGACUAUAUGCAUUCGUUACAUUGCUUGUUACGUAUAUGAGAAGUGACAACCUCGUUGUAUUUCAUUACCAAAGCGGACAAAGAACUGGACGGGAAAGUUCAUAUGUACCUCAUCUAUAUCUUGGUGUGCUCAGUUAGUGGAUAUCAGUCUGUGAAGUGACUGUGGAUCAUGCUUGGAUUAUACCAAGGACAGGUUCUCCUUCUCCAGUUUCACACAUAACUAUGGAGAUGGUCUUAGACUCUCCAAGCCCCGGUUCGCCCAAUCUCAUGACCUUUGACCACGCCACCGCGGAGAUUCCGAUAUUGCUUGACGGUACAGUAAGAUGGGUCACGGGCCUCACGAAGCGGACGACGUGCGAUGAUGUCAUAUACGCCCUACUGUACCAAGACGGCAACCACGAGGGCGAGACGACAGAAAACUACGCCAUCUUUGAAAGAUGGCGGGACGUGCAGCGGCCAUUGCAGGCCAGAACGAAAAUCAUGAAGAUCUGGAAGGCCUGGGGGGUAGAACAGAAUAACGUCGAGUUGUCGCUGAGAAGACUGCAGGAUUAUAGUUACGUAUCCGGCGAGUCGUACAGGACUAGUCGGAGACACAAGCGAAACAGGCAUAAGAGUCGUCAUGGCAACGACUGCGGGUGUCGACCUGGUGCACAUAGAAACUGCUACAGUACAGGGAAGUUGCGCUCUCUUGAGAGCCUUGUGAAGCUAGUCAUUGCGCAGGAACGGAAGUUGCAGGACCUGGGUGAAAGAAUUGAGAAAACAGAUGACAAAAUCGACAAUCUUGAAACCCGUCGCCAUUUUAGCCGUGUGAAACAAAAUGGCGACGAUUAUGUUCAAAGUGCUUACCUCGACAGUCUCAGUGAAGACAGUAUGGAUGAGUUGUUUGGUAAUGUGAAAUCAGAACAUAUUGAAGCGUAUUUGGAAUAUUGUGAGAGGAUUAUCAAACUUGAGGAUAAGUUAUCAGGUGAGAACAGUAAAGUGAGAGAUCUCACCAAGCAGCUACAGGAAUCUCUUGCCAGGAGUGACUGUGUAGGUAAAGGCUUGUCUAGUCUGAGUGACCUUGACCUCUCUUUGCCUCUGAGCCAGCAGCUGGAGCAGGUUCAGGUGGAGAUGAACCGCCUUGUGAGUGCAGGGAUGAUGCAAAAAUACCAGGAGGAUUCCAUCAAGCGGGAGUUGCAGCAGUGUGACAAGCAGGUCGAGGUCAAGAGGCAACUCAUCAGGUCACUCAAACGUGACCUGGACAGUCUUCAGGUCCCUCUGGACAGUCCCAAUGUGGACCAGAGACAGGACGAAUCCGCCGAGGAUGACAUGGACGACAGAGUGUCUAUUAUACAGGUGUAUGACUCUCCUCCCAAGUCGAGGAACAAGUCAGUGACGUUUGACGAUAGGUUGAAUCACAUGCAUGUUAUAGGGACGUCUCGUGAGAGUCUGAUGGAGAGGCUCGGUGGCAGUGACAGGAACGGAGACAGCUCCACCAAUCAUCAGAUCCCUCCCUAUGUGAACGACAGCUCCUACAGGCGGCGGCCGCAUUAUACACCACCACAACAGAAAGUAACGUCCAUUUUGAAAAACAAAGAACAAUAUAGUUAUAAAGCUAAUUCCCAACCUCCUGUUAAUACUCGAGUCGGUCCAGAUACGGGGUCACUCAGUCCGUCGGACACAUCUCCGGGGUCUGAACUUGACCGGCUGACCAAUGCCCAUGACAGUGGUCGGUAUCAUCUGCCGAGUGGCAUGUACACUUUUGCAAAUGAUGGACAUUACUCUCUGCUAGAUUCUUCUAACAAGCAAUACAAAGAUGAGGACUCCAACUCUGACACAGGGCUCAGUUCAAUGCACAGUGACGAGUCCCCUGGUCUAGAAACAUUGGUCUAGACACAGUCUAUUCCUGGUGCAGGCCACGACUAUUCAUGGUCUAGACAGAAUUUAUGUCUGGGCAAUCUAUUCUAGGAGUAGGCACAGUCUGUUUCUGGAAAAGACACGACCUCUUCAUCAUGUAGACACAGCCUAUUCCUGGCAGAGAUACGACCUAUUUCUGGUGUAGAAAACAUUAUUCCUGGUAUAAACGCAGCCUAUUCCUGGUGUAGACACGUGUCUGUUCCUGGCAUAGACGUGGCCUAUUCCUGAUGUAGGCCACGCACACGCUACCUAUUUAAGGUACACACACUGUCUACUCCUGAGGUAGACUGUUUCUAUUUAUCCAAGUAUCUAUAACUGCGACCGUUGUUUUCUCAAGCAACUCUUUUAACUUAAUGCUGACAGUGUUCUUUUCUGGCAUUUUGACGAUAAGAACGUACACGUGUCCUAAUUCCCUGUAGCCUCUGGUGACCGCGUAUAGGGCGAGCGCAAUACUGCCUUCAUCAUCUCAUCACCCAGCUGUAAUAGGGCACACUGAUACAAGAUAUAUCUAUGGUCAGACAGUCCAAAUCAACCGCUUAACAUAUUUUGUAAAAGAUUCAGAAUAACAACUUGCCUAAUUACUUCUCAAAAUACUAAGUUAAAGCACAACGUCAUCUUAUAUAUAAAUUGUCUUUGUUCGAAAGGCUAGAAUAAUCAUGAAUGUUCUGAAAGUUCAAUUCAUUGAAACAUUAUGACUUGAUGAAAUAUUGCAAACUUUACAGCUAGUUACUUUUUGAUAUUGUAUAAACCGCUUUAUCAGAAUCUGACCAAUCAUGAGGCUUUGUUCGAACAGAAAUUUUAACAUAUUACAUGUGACUAAUUGUUCAUAACUGAAGACAAUUCUUCAGAGAUUGUAAACAGGAAAACCUCAUCGCCUUGAAGGUCUGAGUUUAUCAAUAAAGUCUAAGCUUUAAGUUACGUAGCUACGGACUAUUCAGAUCCGUUGUCGUAAGCGAGUUCCUGAAGUUAGAGUGUUGAGGUUUAGCUGCAUGUAAUUUAUCUUUGUAAAAUCCAUUACUAUUCAGUCGAUGCCAAGAACAAAUUAUGCAACCAGGUUUGUUGGUGACAUCGUAUUUAUUUCCGAAACCGGCUUUCAAACAUGUAGCUAGUUAUUUCCAAGUCGAAGUCUGUGUCUACAACAUGUACACGCCUGCCAGAAACCAGUUCUAGAGGGUGUAAAUGUCAUUGAAAAUGACAUUGUAUAAUGUCAUUGCGUGACGUCACAACUCCAGUUGACGUCCACGGAAACCAGCGAUUGCAAUAUUUUUUGUUAUCCAUUUCUCAUCAUCGUUCAUAAAUAUUCAAUACUCUU